AUGAUCACUGAUGAAAGACCGGAUCUUCUCGAGCAAAUGAAUGGCAUGAAUGGGUACGACGCCGCGGAUGACAAUGAUUCUGCGCUUCCUAGCUUCCCGGACUACGACCUGGACUGGUCAGACGUCAUGGCGAAUAUCGAUAGCUUCGCGGUCCCCGACCAAAUCGGUGCGGACAACACAGCCCCCACGCGAAGUGUCCUAGCUGGGCAGAUCUACCAAGAAAGGAUCAUCUACGCAGUGAAGACACUGAAAUCAUGGCCUGGUCUCUACGCAGAACGCGGCCAUAUCCCAUUCAUCCACGCCCAUCUCUACGCACAGUGCCUACCAUCGAAUGAUCGCAAUGGACGUCUGGUUGCUCGCUGCGUCAGCCAAGCGGCGAGACGCUUAGUCAACGAGCAUCAUAAGCUAGACACGCUGUCACCGAUCGAACAGCUGGCUUCAGUACAAGUACUAUGUCUCUACCAGAUCAUUCAACUCUUUGACGGCGAUGUUUCGCUGCGCUCCGAAGCCGAAGCAGCAAGACCUCUUUUGGACCAAUGGAUUCGACAGCUCAAACAUCGUGCGAAGCCCGUCGACAGUGCAUUGAAAGACGUCGUUAGCGCAACCUCUACGCACGAUCCAUGGUGGGGAUGGGUGUUUGACGAGUGUGUCCGACGAACACUUAUCGUCGGUUUCACGAUCGAAGGGCUUUACUCUUUCCUCAAGGAUGGCUGGGAUGCUUCCCAUCAUGACUUUACGGACCUCUCGUUUUACGCACAGCGAGCGCUGUGGGAUGCGCCAUCAGGAUACUUCUGGCGGACGGCCCUCCGGGACCGAUUAUUGCUUCCCGUACGAUUUCCAUCGUGGGACGCUGACACUACUAACGCGCAACCUACGGAUUUGGAAGAAUUGGGAAUGAUCAUGCUUGUAUUUAUCAAGGGACUGGACUAUUGCCGUGAAUGGGCGGGAAAGGAGGCACUCGGUCGAUUCGGCCUCCUACUUCCUGAUCUUGGUUCCUAA